AAGCUCAGGGGACUACACCGACCGGCUUGCGCGUAUAAAACCCCCACGUUCACUCACCCGCCGCACCGUCUGGCUGUCUGAGAACGCGCACGAGUAUCUUCUCGUCUCGUCUUGAUUCUCAAGCCCCUCUGAAGAGAUUUUGAUGGUUAAAAAUCAACAGUGGCGUUGGGUCUCGUGCUAGAGUGCCGGCACGUCGACGAAGCUUGUCCCCGUGGCUCGACGGCGGAGGAAAAGCGGCACAUCCACAGCCCUGCUCCCGUUUUGCCCCGUCGAAUGCUAAACGGCCAAACUGGACCUUUUAAAUCGGCGGCGUUUUUGGAGUGCCUGGCCAUUGCGUGCCGCCGGUCUGUGUGAUGACUUUUUCACGAGGAUAGCAAACAACCAAAGGAGUGCAGCACUUCAGUGUGGAGUGGAAGGGACAGACCGACCAACGGACUACCGAAAACACGCUGGACUGGCACUGCUGUAGAAAGAGUCAUUACACUUUCUUCAUUGUGGCAAAUUCAAGUUUGGUUCUGUGCAGAUCAAACAGCAGGACCGAUUGUCUGUAUCCGGCGAUAAACACGGAAACAACCAGAGGAACAGCGCGUCGAUGAGACAACGGCAUACCGUAAGACAUUAUUGAUUGUGACAAACACAGGGAAGUACGCUUACAGUUAAACAACUUAGUCGGUGCGGAUUUUGCAUUUUGAGCUUUAAUAUUUAUACCAAAUGGCUACGAUUGUGCCGACACUAUAAAGACUGUGAAAGAAAGAUAUGUUCAUCUCUAUUAGAUAAACGAUUGUUUUAGUGACAUUAUUAUAGGCGUAAAGAAUCAUGUCUUGGGACGAUAGCUACGGCCGGUACGUGAGUCAGGAGAGGUCAGGGGUCACCGGUGCGUCGGACAUGGUGGACACUGAACGUCAGUUGAACAUGGCUUCGACACUGGACAAAAUGAUCGACACGGCGGUCAAGAUGGACGACAUGCGAUGGGGCGCUGGGGAGGAUCGUCAGUCGCACGGGCUCGUCGGUUAUCACGAGAUCUGCUCCGACGGGAACUCGUCCUCCACAGACUCGGACGAGGUCCACCACCAUCGGCUGUCAUCGCGAGAUGACGCGAGAAUUCGCGAGGAUGGUGGAUCCCCGGAACCCAAUCGUGUGUCGGACGCAGAAGACGAGGACCACGCGAUGAGACAACAACCCAAGAAACAAACCAGCGGGAAACUCAGUAACAGCAAGUCCUCCGGGAAGAACUCGAAGCACAACCGGUUGAGUAUCAACUCCCGUGAACGGCGGCGUAUGCAUGACUUGAAUGACGCUCUUGAUGAUCUCCGCUCCGUCAUCCCUUACGCUCAUGGCCCCUCAGUCCGCAAACUCUCUAAGAUCGCCACCCUCCUCCUUGCCAAGAACUACAUCCUGAUGCAGGCCAACGCCUUGGAGGAGAUGAAGAGAGUGGUCAGUUACGUCAAUCAGUCUCAGCUUCACAUCUCCCCGCCGCCUCCACCGCCCUACUUCAGCGGUUACCCGUUCCCAGGCUACCUGUCGACGUCACCGACCGAGAAGAACCCGGUAGUGCCGGCCUCGUCAUCGUCUGGUCCACCACCGGCCAUCGUGCCUGCAUUCCCGGCGAACAGGGACAGUAAUUUGACCGCAGCGUCGCCGGUACUCGUACAUCCCAUUCCGGUGACUAAAAACUCUUUUACAAAUCCUUGCCAUUAGUGCAUGGAAAACCCAGACAGCUUGAAAUUGUUCGCCAAAUAAACUGAUCCCCCAACAACUGUUUGUAUUUGAGACUUUGCCAUCAGACUUUGAAGUUGUAUUUAUUUAAUUAACAUGUUGGCUUUUGGGAGGACAUUUCCACUUUGUGGGUCGACUUCUAUAACCGGAUUACUGUUCGUCUCAAAGUUGUCUUUAUGAGAACAUGUUCAUAAUAACAAUUCCAUUUCUUAAUUGAAUAAAAUUAAACAUACGCUUUGGAAAAGUGUCAAGACGAUGUUGUUGAACAACUUUUAUAUUUAAGGCGGAAGGCGACUUAAUUUCUUUUGGCUUUUUAAUUAAAGGUGGCAAUAAAUUAAGCUUUUAUAAUAAAAGGCAAA